AUGAAUGAUGAGCGUAUUCAUCGCGUUGUUCACAUCGAGACGACCAAGCCUCUAGGCGAUAUACAAGGGACAUUCUCCCAGUGCGGUAAAAUACUUGGCAUAUACCCCACGAAUACGCAAGGAACAAGUAUUAGCGCAACCUAUUUCAUCGAGUUCGCCGAGGAGGGAUGUGUGAAGCGUGCUCGUGCCCUCCAGGUGUCCGACAUCAAGUUACAAAUCGUCGUAUUUUCCCAACAGCUUACCGCGACUUUCAACUCCAUCAUACAGCCACCUAUUCCCACUGCCCCUCAGGCAAACCAACAGAUAAAGGAGGAAGCCCGAGAACAUGUCAGCGUCCCUCAGAAGCGACAAUAUGACUAUCACAGAAGCAGAAGCGUGAAUACUCAAAAAGGCCAUCGCCCGCCAACAUUCGUGCACUGUGGCGGCCUUUCACCUUCUCGCCUGACGCGCCUACAUCCCGACUCGUAUUCUCAUCGCACGCAAUUCAAGGCUGAGAGGUUGGACAAUGAAAAGGAAAACGCGUUCAAAAGACCUAAGUAUCGUAGCUACCGCCGCUCUCUCUCACCCAUCCUGCCGAUGGACCGCGUCGCUUCUUCAUUUUUGGAGUCAUCGACUCUCGCAUCGACCUCUUCGCUUCCUCGGAACGCCUUUGAACUCUCACCUCGGCUUUCUACUGACGAGCUUCCAGAUACACCUCAUUCAAUCUGCAUUCCUAGAGCGUUGGAACCUGACCGAAUGAUCCUCAAUAUACCCCCUUCAGCCCAGUCUAAAAGCCAGAUAGAUGCAUCGUUUCCUAGCACACCGCCGCAUGCUGCAGCUCAAUCGUGCCUACUACCCGUUGAGAGCAAACACGAUGCACCCUAUGCUAUGCGUCCCUGGGAACGGCUUCCUGCCCUUGCAGCCGCCUCAUCAUCUUUGUCAAACAAAACUCCUGAUGGGUCUAGUGAUCGUACUCUGUGCGCGCCUAGCACGGAAACUCGCACAUUCAUUCUUCCACAGUCCAUUUCGCCAUCGAUCAUCUUGACAUUUCAAGGGGAACGCGUGAAUUGUGAACUCAAUGCUCUCGAGGACGACCCAGAAGGAAUUAUCGCUGUGCUCAAGGCCACAGCGGCGCGAAGUGGUGAGCGAGAUAAAUGGAUGAUUGUAGCCGGGCAUUAUCGCAGUAGGGGCAAUAUCAGCGCAGCUCUCGCUGUUGUGGAAGCAAUGAUUGAUGUGAUGACAUCGACUUCAGUCGGAUUACAUCCGUUUGAGUUGAAGCCCGCCUUCCUCAUGCUGGCGUGUGGCUACCGCGACUUAGCGCUUCAAGCACGCAGGAGAGACGGCACAGAGGACGAACCAACUCAGGAGAGUCAAAGUUACACCCAGAGGGCAACCUUGAUGAUCCAGCGGGUGUAUGGGACAGACAUCCCUCAGGCAGACACUACGUCUGCAUUGCAUGACGAGGCAACGAAGUCAUCCAUUGAUGUCUCUGCGAUCCCUUCUGCUGCAGAGGGCGAUCAUCGCCAGUGUUUGACCAGUACAACUAAUCUAACAUCUGCGCAUACGGAGCAAGGGAAUUCUAGCUGCCCUCCUGCGGAGUCUCUGGAACGUGAGAUUCAAACCUUACGCGAGCUGCAGAAAGAGCAUAUCUUGACUCGGACUGCGAAGCGAAAGCUGGGGGACGAGCUGCAUGCCGAGCGGCAGAUACGACAACGGCUUGAGCGGGAGCUAGAGGAUGCAUCCCGAAAGCUAGCGUCAUCACGUCGGAUGGAGAAUGCGGCGGUGGACCAGUGCAAAGCGGAGAUGGCGAGCCGCCGGCGUGCUGAGGAGCGCGCAGAAGAGGAGCGUUGCACGCGGAAAGAUGUUGAGGACGAGGUACGACGUGUUAGACGAGAUGCACAGGAGACGAGAGAGGGCGCACGGCGAGCGAUGCGUGAAAUUCAGGGCCGGUUGGAGAAGGCGCAGACGAACGAGAAGCGGGCUAGAGAGUGCUUCGAGACGCUCGGGCUGCUCUUUAUGAAGGCGGCGAAAGGGGAUAUGGACGACGGAGCGUGGAAGGGAGCACUGGCAGGGAAAGCGUAG